CACCCCUUCAAGAUCAAGGACAGUGCAUAAGUAUGACGUAACCACAACAUCGUCUGCCGGGCGGCGCGAGGAGACACGAGCAGCAUGACCCUCUUAUCCCGUGCCUCCUGCAGCCUCCUCAGGGUCAGGCCAGCAUGCAGGUCGCCCUUCAAGUGGGCCCGGCCAGCAGCAUGGUACUGCACCACAGCAGGACCUCUGCCACUGGAGAGGAUCAGGAACAUUGGCAUCUCAGCACACAUCGACUCAGGCAAGACAACCUUAACAGAACGCAUCCUGUACUACACUGGCAGGAUAGAGGAGAUGCACGAGGUACGUGGGAAGGACGGUGUUGGCGCGGUGAUGGAUAGCAUGGAGCUGGAGAGACAGCGCGGCAUCACCAUCCAGAGUGCUGCCACUUACACCAUGUGGAAGGAUCACAACAUCAACAUCAUCGACACACCAGGGCAUGUGGACUUCACGGUGGAGGUGGAGAGGGCGCUGCGAGUUCUGGAUGGUGCUGUGCUGGUGCUGUGUGCCGUGGGAGGUGUGCAGUCCCAGACCCUGACAGUCAACAGGCAGAUUCAGAGAUAUAGCGUUCCCUGCCUGGCCUUCAUCAACAAGCUGGACCGCAUGGGAGCGAACCCCUACCGUGUGCUGAACCAAAUGAGAUCAAAGCUUCAUCACAAUGCAGCAUUUAUUCAGCUCCCCAUUGGCCUGGAGGGGAACACACUGGGGGUGGUGGACCUGGUGGAGGAAAGGGCUAUCUACUACGAAGGAAACUUAGGAACCUUCCUGCGUUAUGAUGAGAUCCCUCAAGAGAUGCGAGUGGAGAGUGAGGAGAGGCGGCUGGAGCUGAUCGAACACCUCUCCAAUGUUGAUGAACACUUGGGAGAAAUGUUCUUAGAGGAGAAGACACCCACAAAUGAUGACCUGCAUGCCGGGAUCCGCAGGGCCUGUCUGGCUCGCAGCUUCACGCCAGUCAUGAUGGGCACAGCACUCAAGAACAAGGGUGUGCAGACUCUGCUGGAUGCCGUGCUGCGCUACCUCCCCAACCCAGCAGAGGUGGAGAACAGGGCACUGGUGCAGGACACCGCUGGAAAGGAGACCAAGGUGCUGCUGCACUCAGCCAGGGACAAGAGUCAUCCCUUCGUGGGUCUGGCCUUCAAGCUGGAGGCCGGCAAGUAUGGGCAGCUCACCUAUGUUAGGGUGUACCAGGGAGGUCUCAAGAAGGGCGACAACAUAUUCAACACUCGCACCAACAAGAGGGUGAAAGUGUCCCGUCUGGUCCAGCUCCACAGCAACAACAUGGAGGACGUGAAUGAGGUGUUUGCUGGGGACAUUUGUGCUUUAUUUGGCAUUGACUGUGCCUCAGGGGACACCUUCACCACCCAACCCAAGUACCCUAUCUCCAUGGAAAGCAUGUAUGUGCCAGACCCAGUCAUCUCUAUGUCCAUCAAGCCCAAGAACCCCAAGGACCUUGACGCGUUCAGCAAGGCUGUCAACCGCUUCACCCGAGAGGAUCCCACCUACCGCAUCCAGUGGGACACUGACAACAAGGAGACCAUCGCGUCUGGCAUGGGGGAACUACACCUGGAGAUCUAUGCACAGAGGAUGCAGCGGGAGUAUGGGUGUGAGGUGACGAUGGGGAAGCCUAAGGUGGCCUUCCGUGAGACACUCGUUUCCCCUGUCGAGUUCAAUUACGUCCACAAGAAGCAGAGUGGCGGUGCGGGGCAGUACGGCCACAUCAUCGGGCUGGUGGAGCCGCUGCCCACAGAGGAGAACACCCAGCUGGCCUUUUCAGACGAGACAAUGGGUACCAGCGUUCCCAAGCAGUUCAUUCCAGCCAUUGAGAAAGGCUUCAAGGAAAUGUGCAAUAAAGGCAUGAUGACAGGCCACAAGAUCGCUGGCGUGAGGUUUCGAGUGCUGGACGGCUCAAGCCACAUGGUGGAUUCCAAUGAGAUCUCCUUCAUCAUGGCAGCUCAAGGUGCCAUGAAGCAAGCCUAUGAAUUUGGGGCAUGGAUGGUACUGGAGCCAAUCAUGUCUGUGGAGAUCACUGCACCCGAGGAGUUCCAGGGCGUGGUUACCUCCCACAUGAACAAGAGGCACGGCAUCAUCACGGGCACAGACGCCAAUCAGGGCUGGUUCUCUCUAUACUGUGAGGUUCCCCUCAACGACAUGUUUGGGUACGCCAAUGAGCUGCGGUCCUCAACACAAGGCAAGGGAGAGUUUGCCAUGGAGUACUCGUGUUACCUGCCAGCACGCUCUGAGGUCAUGGACGAACUGAUGAACCAGCAGGAUUCCCAGACACAGCCUGAGGCAGCCAAGAAGAGCAGAAGAUAAGACCAGAUCUAGUUUUAGCUCUAUUUUCAUAAGUGUUGUCCUCCCAUCAAGUGGUUGGAGCUCAGGUGCAAGCUUACAUGCCGCAGCUUGAUGAGUGUAUGUGUUUAUAAAAUCACCUUUAUUUUUCUCCAGUAAAAACCUCUACAGUUGACUGACUGCAGAGAAUGAAUCCAGGAUGAAUGUUUUAUAUAUUGUGGAACAUUUAUAAUUUCAUUCCAAAUCUCCAGAGAAACAACAGCGUCUUGAUCCCAGUCAUUGCCUUGCCUUGGUUGGCAAGCCAAAUUUGGGGUGAAUGUUUGAGUUUUUAAUUCUUUUGCUGGGUGUGUACAAACUGAUAUAUAUAGUAAGUAAUAGGUUAAUUUAUCUCUUUACAAGUACUCAUCUGAUAUUAAUUUAUCCACUGCACUGUAAUCAUUCAUUCAGAAUUGUACAUUGGAAAUAUUUGUAAAUAACAUACAUCUACCUUAAACAAUAGAAAUGUCUGUUAUUUGUUAUUUAUUAAACAAUGAAAACUAAAAAAAGAGAACCUUUAUCAGGUUAUCAACAUUUAAAAAUAAAUAAAACAUUAAAAACAA